GAUAAGCAUAAGCAAAUGAAAAGAACCUCAAGUAGCUCCUGAACUUCACUUGGAGUUAAUGAGGCAGCACUGUCCCAACUAUUUUGAUCAAAUGAAUUGUGAUUCACUGCAGCCAAUCCACAUGGCACUUGAAGGCGCUUGCUCUUCGUCUUCUUUCAUCCACGGGUGGACCUACGAUGUCUUUGUAAGCUUCAAUGGCGGAGACACUCGUUAUGGCUUCACCGGCAACCUUUGUUGGGCUCUGAAUCAAAAGGGGAUACACAUCUUCCGAGACGACGACAGCCUCAGGAAAGGCGAAAGCAUUUGCCCAGCUCUUCUGAAGGCGAUCGAAGAAUCUAGAAUCGCCAUCAUAGUAUUCUCCGAGAACUAUGCAUCGUCAAGCUGGUGCCUGGACGAACUGGUGAAGAUAAUGGAAUGUAUGAAGGAGAAGGGACAGAAGGUUCGACCGGUGUUUUAUAACGUAUAUCCUUCAGAUGUAAGGCAAGCGAGUGGAAGUUUUGGAAGGUCAAUGGCUGAGCAUGAAGCCAGGCUCAAGCAAACAGUUCGUGAUUGGAGCCUUGCACAAAAAACAUUGCAAAACUGGAGAGCUGCGCUUCGGGAGGCUGCCAAUUUGGCUGGAUGGCAUUUCACAGACGGCCGGUAUGAGUUUGAGUUUGUUCAAAAAAUCACGGAAGAGGUUUCUAAAAUAUUAAGUCGCACAAUUUUACACAUAGCUGAUCAUCCCGUGGGAUUGGAGUCUCGAAUAUUAGAAGUGAUAUCACUUCUAAGUAUUAACUCUAAAAAAGAAGCUUUGAUGGUGGGAAUUCAUGGGAUUGCUGGAAUUGGUAAAACAACGAUCGCCAAAGCAGUGUAUAACUCGAUUGCUAAUCAGUUUGAUUCCUCUUGUUUUCUUGGUGAGGUGAGAGAAAACUCAAGGAAGAAUGGUCUAGCACAACUACAAGAGACAAUUUUUUCGAACUUGCUUGGAGAAAAUAAUAUCAAGUGCAGCAACGUAAGUCAAGGAAUUCCUAUAUUAGAAAAGAGAUUUCGUUUCAAGAAGAUUCUUUUGAUUCUUGAUGAUGUUGAUGAUUUUAGACAAGUGAAAUCUUUAGCUGGAAGAAAAGAUUGGUUCGGGCAGGGAAGUAGGAUAAUUAUAACAACAAGAAAUGAACAUUUCUUAAGACAACAUGGGGUUGAAAUUCUGCAUGAAGUGAAAGGACUGGAAGAUGAUGAAUCACUUGAAUUGUUUAGUUGGAAUGCCUUCAAAAAAAGUGAACCUGAUCCAAGCUAUGCGGAGAUAGCAAAGCAUGUAGUGAAAUAUGCCCAAGGCUUACCAUUGGCUUUGAAUGUUAUAGGUUCUGAUUUGUUUGGCAAAACGAUCCAAGAGUGGAAACUUGUUUUGAUGAAAUAUGGUAUUGGAAUCCUUGAAGAGGAAUCUCCAAGAGUUGGGAAUGGGUUUUGUACAGGAAUUCCCUUAGUUCAGAACUCAAGAGUUUCUAGGGUCCUUAAACUUCUUGCUAACAACAAUUUCAGAUUGCUAGAGUGGAAUGAACAUCAGUCGCUAUCUUUACCAACUGAGCAUUAUCCAGAGAUACUUCCUGUUCUCAACGCGCCUCAUUGCCAUAUAACUAAUUUGAUGGACCUCAGUGACAGUGGUUCUAUUACAAGAAUACCAGAUGUCUCUACAGCACUUCUUACUAGCAAAUGUCCAACCUUAGCUGAAAUUUUUGAUCAAUUUAUUGGAAAUCUGGGCACACUGCUUAUUGAAAAUUGCCUCAAACUUGAGCGUUUGCAACCUGCAGGAAUGAGUUCUGCAUCUCUUGAACCUCUAAAUCUUGGAAAACGCUCUAACUUGCCGAGUUUCUCGAAUAAGUUGGCAGAAAAGGAAGAUAUGAAACAUGCCGGCACACAAGGGACUUCCAUAAAAGUCUUUCACAAUUCAAUAACAAAGAUUGAUGGUCUUCAAGAGCUAGUUUUGAAAUCUUCUGCUGAGGAUCCUCAUAUCCACACUGACAUGUUUCAUAAUACUGAAGAAGAUAAUGUGGAAGAAUGUUCAUCAGGUCCAAAGCUGCUGGGGAAGAUAGUAAUGAUGUAUUGGACAAAUUGGGCACCGAAGUUAAAUAAACUGGUUUUAGAAAAUUGUGAUUUAUCUGAUAAUGAUCUCGAGCUGUUUCUCAGUUCCUUUUUAAAAUUGAAGUGGUUGAUACUAUCAAACAACAACUUUGUAACCAUUCAUGAGUGCAUUAAAGAACUUGCAAACCUUCUUUUUCUUUGUGUGAAAAAUUGCAAGCAGCUUAGAUACGUUUCUGUGCUUCCACCUUACUUGCAACACAUAGAUGCAAGGAACUGCAUAUCAUUGACUCAGGAUUCAUUCGACGUAAUAUUAAGUCAGGCAUUUCAAGAGGUGGAGAACAUGGACAUUGUAGUGUGGAGGAAGCGAAUCCCAAAGUGGUUCGACUAUUGUGGCAGAGGAGGAUCUGUGGGUUUUUGGGUUCGCCGAGAAUUCCCUGGAAUUGCGGCACUUUUGGUUCUAGGGGGUCAAACUGAAGUAGAAACCAAUUUUACAUGUGAAUUCACACUGACCAUCAAUGACAUUCAAGUGCUAAAAGGUGAAAGAACGUUGCCGAGGGACCAUGUCUGGCUGUUUGACCUGCGAAUUCACUUAACAGCCAAAGAGAGGCAUUACAUCAACAAGCAUCUUCACAGAAGUUGGAACCAUGUGGGGAUUUCAUGUACUGCUAAGAACAAUCAUCCACACAAUUCCAUUGUUAGAUUCAGUGGCAUUCAUCUCUCUAAGGAUAGAAUGAACAUCCACGACGUCUCCUUCAUAAGCCCUGAUCUUCGGGGUUCAGAUAUUGCCCGUCACAAAAUGGAAAAUAAUGAUGCCGACAUUUAUGAAGUAAGUGGUGGACACGCUGCUUUUGAUCAAGCAUCAGCUGAGCUUGUUGACAAGAAGAUUGUAAGUUUGAUGGAAGGAUCUAGCAGAGCAGAUGAUGAGGACGAGGAAGAAUAUUUGACUGGAACUGAGAAUGAAGACCCAGAAAGACGUGACGUAGUGGUCAAGGACAGAGGAAAAGGAACAGUAAAAUACAGUGACCUCGCUGAGGAAGAACAAAAUAAGGAUUUUUUUAUUGAAAGUGCAACAGGAAGCUGGAGAAGAGCAAACUUGAGCAGGAGUCAACUUCCUUUGCCUAUGCAAGCAAAAACAAUGGUACUUCCAACAUUAAGAAUCCCGAAAAGAUUGGCUUCACAAGGACGAAAGGAAACCCAGAAGCAGGGGAAUCUCACAUGCAUAUUCCAGAAUCUAGAGCAUUUCUACAGUUGGAGUCAAAAGACGCUGGUGAUAGUUUGAU